AUGGAGGAUUUCUGUCCCGAUCAGACCGGGGUCUGGGGAUUUGGUGAACGCUCAUCGAUUGCCGGGAUAGGUGCACCGAGGGGCGGCAGCCCGUUCAUUAUCAAGAAACACAAACGCGGUUACUUGCUCAACGUCUUCGGUGGUCAUGUCUCAAUCCGUGAGUCUUUCCCGGUCGGGACACGGGGCGUGUACUAUCUUGAUUAUAGCACAACUGAUGACAACCUUUUGGAGGUUAACUUCGUGCCGGUGGUGAAAAAUAAGUUUCAAUCGGUUAACCGGAGAGUCUCGAACCAGGGGGCGUCAAACCAAACCACAAUUCUUCCAAACAUUAAAUACAUUGAGUGA